AUGGCACGUCUUGUUGAUCUGUGCGACCAAUUGAGCGGCGAAUUGGCGCCUGUGCACGUUCCGCGGGUUCUCACCGUUGCCGGCUCUGACUCGUCGGGCGGCGCGGGCAUUGAGGCGGACGUGAAGACCAUCACCGCGCACAAGUGUUAUGCCGUGACCUGUAUCACGGCCCUCACGGCCCAGAACUCGCUAGGUGUGCACAACGUCACCACAACGCCCGCAGAAACUGUGGAGAAGGUAUUGGUGGCCAUUGCCGACGACCAGAUUGCGCUCGACGCCAUCAAGCUCGGAAUGCUGCCGGACGAGACACUGUCGGUGAUCACGCCGUUUCUGGCCGCCCGUGCCGCCAGAACGCCCAUUGUGCUAGACCCGGUCUUCGUGGCGAAGAAUGGCGACCGGCUGAGCUCUGUGGGGGCGCUGAAAAAGGCGGUGGAGCUGUUUCAACAUGCGGCCCUUAUUACCCCGAAUUCGCGCGAGGUGGAGGUUUUGCUGGCUGUGCUGCGCAGCUCGGACCCUAGCGUGGAGGAAAUCACCAUAACCACGGCAGACGAUUUUUAUACGGCCGCGCGCCUGCUGGGGUCCAGGUUCAAGGUCGACGUGCUGUUCAAGGGCGGGCUUGUCCCGGUGAAUGAGAAUCUGGCUGUUGACCCCGAAAAUCCGGUGUAUAUUCUGAACGUGCUGUACGAGCACAGAUCAGAAAAACUCACCGUUUUCCGGUCCAACCAUAUCGACUCGCCUAAUUUGCACGGAACAGGCUGCACGCUGAGCUCGGCGGUGGCGUGCUACCUGGCCCGCGGCGCAUCUCUGGCCACCGCGGUCGAAAACGCUAUCGGAUUUGUCAACGAGGCCAUCAGACACGCAGAGGUGAAGCCCAACGGGCCUUUGAACCACACGUGGGCAAUCAAACGGCCACACGAGGUGCGCAAGGACGCCGGCUUGCUGUCGUUUCUGAUGAACCACGAAAAAGUCGUCCCACACUGGCAAAAGUACACUCAUCACCAGUUUGUGCGGCAGGCAAUGGAAGACACGCUGCCGGUGGAAAAAUUCAAUUAUUUCCUUAAACAGGACUACCGCUACCUGCAGGCCUACCACCGCGUGCACGUGAACCUGCGCAGCAUCACCGAGUCGGAGGAGUUGCAAGAGUACGUGGACGAGAUUUUGAGCAAUAUAGAGACCGAGAUGGAGAGACACAAAACAAAGCUGAAAAGCAGAUGGCCCGACCUAGACCUCGAGGAAAUUGAUGCUGGACGUGCGACGCUGAACUAUAUCAACUAUUUGGUGGAGUUGUACGAGAAAACACACGACUGGCUGCUGUGCAAGACCGCGCUGAUGCCAUGUUUGAUUGGAUACAACCAUGCUGCUGCCAACGCGUUGAAUAAUGGCACGAAAUUUUUGGUAGCAGAUCCAGAAAACAACGCCAAGGCCCUCAUGGUGGCACGCAAAUUGCAGGAAGAAGCAGAAAAUGGCAAGCUGUCGUACCAGGUGGACGCCGGCUCUGCGACACAAAAAAUCUACCGCGACUGGCUCAGCGACUACGUGGCUCCGUGGUAUUUGGACGCCUGCAAACGCGGCGAGCAGGUCCUCAAUGAGUACUUCGACGAGUACGUCAGCAGGAAACAGCACGAAGAGGGGUUCGAUAAAGGCGAACUUUUAGACACCCUGGCAGACAUUUUCGCCAAGGUGUCCAGCUUGGAAGCAAGCUUCUGGGAUGAUUGCAUCAAUUAUCCGGAAAAUAUAAAUUAA